CUUGAGGGUUUUGUUUACAAAUUACAAUCUAUACAGAAAAACAGUGGAGAUCUCUAACAAAUAUGGAAAAUGGUAAACACCCUUCGCCUCUUCAACUCCAAUCACCACUGCCACUGCGUCAAACGCCGCCGUGGAAGGUGGUGGUGGUGGCCUCAAUAGCCGUCGGGGUUCACUUCGGCUGGGCUUUACAAUUCUCUCUCCUCACACCAUACGUGCAGCUUCUAGGCAUCCCACAUAAAUGGGCAUCCUACAUUUCGCUCUGCGGCCCCAUCUCCGGCAUGGUGGUGCAACCUCUCGCCGGCCACUACAGCGACCGUUGCACCUCCAAAUUCGGCCGCCGCCGCCCCUUCAUCGCCGCCGCCACCGCCCUCGUCACCGUCGCCGUCAUUCUCAUUGGCUUCGCCGCCGACCUCGGCCGCCUCUCCGGUGACCGCCUUGACUCCGCCAAGCCCCGCGCCAUCACCAUCUUCGUGGUCGGAUUCUGGAUCCUGGACGUCGCCCACAACCUUCUCAUGGCCCCCUGCCGCGCCUUCCUCGCAGACCUCUCCGACGGCGAGCAGCGCAAAACUCGAAACGCCAGCGCCGUCUUCGCAUUCUUCACCGCCGUCGGCAACGUACUCGGCUACGCCGCCGGAUCGUACUCGAACCUUCACCGCCUCUUCCCCUUCACCUCAACACAGGCCUGUGAUGUUUACUGUGCGAAUCUCAAGACCUGUUUCUUAAUCUCAAUCACUCUGUUACUCACUCUAACCAUACUUGCACUCAGCACUGUGAGUGAAGAUCCAAUUUCGAGGCUCUCGGUAGAGAACAAGGAUGAAACGGUGCCGUUUCUGGGGUUUUUCGGGGAAUUAUUGAGUGCGUUGAAAGAGUUUCCGAAGCCCAUGUGGUACCUAUCGUUGGCGAUGAUCCUGACCUCGACUGCUUGGUUUGGGUUCGUGUUGUACGACACUGAUUGGGUGGGGAGAGAGGUGUAUGGUGGAGAGGUUGGAGGGAAGGUGUACGAUGGGGGAGUGAGAGCGGGGUCGUUGGGGCUGAUGCUGAACUCAGUGGUGGCUGGGGUGAUGGCGCUGGCGGUAAUGCUAGUGGCCCGUGGAGUCAAGGGAGGGAACCGGCUGUGGGGUUGCGGUAACCUUGUGUUGGCGGUAUGCUUGGCGAUGACGGUGUGGAUCACUAAAGUUGCAGAGUCGACACGGCGGCACGCAGUGGCCAGUGGUGGUGGGACUACGCCGGCACGUGGUGUCAAGGCGGCAACUCUCUGUGUCUUUGCGGUGAUGGGGAUUCCUACUGCGACAACUUCCACAAUUCCCUUUUCAUUGGGAUCCAUUUAUUGCAGCAGCUUUGGUGGAGGCCAAGGUCUUUCCCUGGGAGUUCUGAAUAUUGCUGUAAUCCUACCCCAGUUGGUGGUUUCACUUACAAGCGGACCAUGGGACCAGCUGUUUGGUGGCGGCAACUUGCCAGCAUUUGUAGUUGGAGCUGUUGCAGCAGUGGCGGGCGGUGUGUUCGUGCUUGUGUUGCUCCCAUCGCCACCACGAACUGAUCACGAUCCAUCAUCACCAUCCGUUUUAAAGAUCACUAUCUCUGCACCUUCCCAUUGAAAUAUUUUUCGAUUAAUUUUGAGUCGAAAAAUGUCUUACAAAUAGAAUUUCCAUAUAUAGAGUAUAGGGUCAUAUUAAUCUGAAUAAAAUUUUAGUACUUAAAUUCUACUUACAAACUCGUGGUUGUGUAAUUUGCUCCUUGUAUUAAUUAAGU